CGGUUCCGGCUGUGCGGGCCGCGCCGCGGCUGCUGCUGCUGGUCCCGGGCGCGCUGAGGGGCGAGAGCGGGCGCGCACGGAGCCGGGGGUCCCGGGGGCUGCGAGGCGGCGGCCCAUGGGGCGGGAGGCGUGAGGCCGCGGCCUGCCCGGGGCUCGGGGGGUGGGAGGGGUGCGGGGGCGGGGAGAUGGAUAAACUGACCAUCAUCUCAGGAUGUCUCUUUCUGGCCGCCGAUAUCUUCGCCAUCGCCAGCAUCGCCAACCCGGACUGGAUCAACACCGGGGAGUCGGCGGGAGCACUCACUGUGGGCCUUGUGCGACAGUGUCAAACAAUCCAUGGACGAGAUCGGACAUGCAUCCCUCCUCGGCUUCCCCCAGAGUGGAUCACCACACUGUUUUUUAUCAUCAUGGGAAUCAUUUCAUUGACUGUCACAUGCGGUUUGCUGGUGGCUUCCCACUGGCGGAGAGAAGCUACAAAAUAUGCUCGAUGGAUAGCAUUCACUGGAAUGAUCCUUUUCUGUAUGGCUGCCCUAAUAUUUCCAAUAGGAUUUUACAUCAAUGAAGUCGGAGGUCAACCUUAUAAAUUACCCAACAACACAGUAGUUGGGUCUUCAUAUGUACUUUUUGUCUUAUCAAUUUUCUUUACAAUAGUAGGACUUUUAUUUGCUGGCAAAGUUUGUUUACCAGGCUGAUGAAUGUCUAAAUUGCUUGACUCUUACUAUUAUUUUAUUCUAUUUUAUUUUAUUUUACUUUUGGAGGGGGGGGAGGACAAAGGCAAGGCAUCUGAGCAAUCCUUUCAUAGGAAGGUGCUCAGAUGAAACUGAUGCUGAAAAGGAAAGUAUGUGUUGAUUUGUUCUCACUAUGCACUUUGGAUUUAGAAAAAGAAAAUGAGAGCCUUUUCCAUAACCAAAUACAAUGUUGACUAAAUCUCCUGAGCAUAUUCAGGCAGUCAGGUCUGCACUGUGAUGGCAACGUAGUGAAGGAGAUGCUUUAUUCUGAAAAGCACGUGGCCCUUUGUGACUCUGUCGUUCCGUUCUUAAUGUCUAAUUAUUCAUUUGAGGAAAAAGAAAAAAAAGUCUAAGUAUUUAUGAAUUGUGGUGGACCAGAGGGAUGCAAGAGAAGUUCAUGUGGGGCUGGCCUCACCUCCUAAGAAAUUAGUGUUCACAACUUCGUUGUAAUGGUUCCAGCCUUUGGCACCAGAGCGGAUUGCCAUUGGAAACUGCACCAUGAAGCCAAUAGAUCAAAACUUGUUUGCUAAAAUGUAUGUAAAAAUUCUGAAAUUCCCUAUUCUCUGUGUACAAAAAAAAAAAGGGAGAGAGAAUUCAAACACUAAGACACAUGUUUGGGGUGGGUGGGUGGGGAAAAUCUUCCUUAUAUUUAUAUAAAUAUAUAUAAUAUAUAUAUUUUGCUGAUGCAGUAUACAGUGUGUAUAUAUGUGUGUGUGUGUGUGUGUGUAUGUGUGUAUAAAUUUAUAUAUGCACACAUGCAAACAGUUCCUGGAAGAGAACUCUGAAUGCUUUGCUAGCAAAACACUGUGGUGUGCAAAUCUAGAACUCAGUAGAAAAAAAGCCAUUUAUCUGAAGGCUGCAUAGUGGAGAAAGUCUUCAGUUUACCUCAUUCUUUGUAGCAGCCCUUGAUUUUAACAGGUUUUUGUAAUAGGUACAAAAAUCCCAUGCCUUUCUAGGUGCAAUUUUAAGUUAAGCUAAAAAUUCUUUGUAAGAUUAAUUUAUUUGUGUAUGAUAGUAGAAGGUAAGAUCUUGUCAAACCUUAUGAUUUGGGGAAUUUGACACUAUUUAAAUUAUUGGAAACUGUUUAUUGUACAGAGAUUCUUUUUUCUACUGGCUCGGUCUGUUACAUUAAUGAUGCGUUUUUAUAUGUUCAAGCACACAACUUUACAUAAGUACAAAGCUCACUAGUAAAAUCAGCCUGUUUUGACAUUUGCAACACUAAUUUCACUCCACCAUGAAAGUUAAAUUUAUGUUCUUUUCUGUAAGCACUACCUGAGCAAUACAGUAUUUCCUUUAUAUGCGCUAUGUAUGACUUUACUAAAAACUAACAUUUUAAAAUUUACUUUAAAGGGCUGUAUUCAACCCACAGCUUUUAAGUUUGUUCCCAAAAGAAGCAUUACAGCUAAUCCUUAGACUCAUGGGUAGUUUAAAAUACAAUGUUUCUCUUCUCCACAUUUCUAUGCCUUUGCAUCAAGGCUUAGGUUUGUUUUUUGGUGUUUUGUUUUGUUUUACUGGUGAAUCUAAUAGAGAAUCUUCUGUUGGGAAUGUGGGGCAGAAGAUUGUCUGUUAGCUAAGCUUUUCUUCUUCAUAGUGAAAUGGCAACCCAAAUGUCCCUUCCAGUAGAAUGAGAGUUCUGUGUAGCCAGUCUUCUCACAGGCAGAAAUGAACACAUUGUUUCUAGAAAACUACACUGUAAUGUGUACAAGGGUCACUUUGGAGACGGGCCCUACUCCUCAGAUAAUCAAAGUACAAAAUGGAGGAGUUUGAUGUGUUUCACACUGGCUUUUUCGAUGCCUGUGUAUCUUAGGGUUAAUUCUGCAGUAUUUCGAGAGAGAAAAUCUCAGUGUUUUUAGCUCAUUCAAGAGCUGGGGGAGAGAUGAAUCCACCCUGUGGUGCAUUCCUUGAUUGUUCUGAGAGAAUGCCAUCUUUUUCCUUCCCAUUUGUAGAAGAAGCCUUAGGGAAAUCCUAAAGGAGAUUAUUUUCCCCACGUGUUAUGACACCUAAUCAGUUCCAAGGAAACCACUGGAUAUGUUCUACCGACAUUUGGGUUUUCGUCUUCCAUUUUGAUUGGAUUAGUCUUCAGUCAAAUGGUUCACUUUGAAGGAAAACUUUGGUUGUCACUAUUAUACCACUGAGGUAAAGUGUUAGCAAAGAAUGGUCUAAAGUAAUUCGUGAUAUGACCAAGAGCUUUUCUCUUCCAAAAGAUGAAUUUUAUUGUAAAUAGUUUCUCAAAGUAUUUUUAACUGGAUCAUAAGCAUGGGGAGAGAAAGUUUCUCAGCUGCUAAGAAUUUCCCCACUGUUUACGUCUUUCACUUACAGUGGUAUUGCAUAUAAGAUUACAGAAUUUAAGAUUUUAUUUGUAUCUUAUUACCCAAACCAUUAAAAUGUCUUUAUUUUCAUCACUGUCUUGAGGUCCAGUGCCUGAGAGGCUGAUGAGGGGAAACUCCCCCACGGCCAGUUAGCACUCUAACCCAGGAUUAGAACCAUCCCAUCAAGUAGUAUGUGAAGUCAAGUCUUUGUACUCUUCCAGACCAAACAAUGAAAUGGACUCAUUCAUAUAAAUUUCUAUAAAUCCUGUAAGUGAAAAGCUAGACAACUGCUAGCAGUUGCUUUUAAAAAGGUCACUAUAAUAAGUACCGCAUAGUACAGUAUUAAUUUAUAGCAGGAAUUCAUAACUUGUAAACUGUAUAUAAAAACACUGUUUUAUGGUGCAAUCAUUUGUCAAAACUUUUGUCUGUUACUUUGUUUUUAGAGUGUGUGCAUUACUCUCAUACCUAAGAAUAUCACUGUAAAAUCUGCUGAAAACUUUUUAGGUUUUAUUUGCACAAGACUGAAUUAGUUUGAAUUCUUGGAAGCUCCUAUUGAACAUGUCUAAACAUCUGUAAACAUGAAAAAGUCUUCAGUUCAUUAAAAGCAAAUGUUUCAGUAUGAUUCUUUCCAAA